AUGGAAAUCACAAUCAUAUCUGCACAAGGCCUGAAGAACAUGUCCAAAACUCUACUCCCAUUCUCCAACCACUGCCGCCUCCGGCCAUUCGUCGCGAUCUCCACUUACCCCAAAAUGGCGCCGCCGGUUGGGGAAGAUUCUUCUACUAGCAAGAGUCACAUAACGAGGAUUGACGACAGGGGAGGAGUGAAUCCCACGUGGGGGGACAAAUUUUAUAUCCCAGUGGACGCAGCAUUUUUGGGGAAUCGAUGCUCUUGUAUUUACCUUGAACUCUACACCAAACGGCUGUUCUCCGGCAGAGCUCAACUGGGUUGGUGUCAGAUCCCGGUCGCCGAUUUCGGAUUCUCGCCGUCGCCAGGAGGUAUGGUCCGGUACCUGAGUUACAGGGUGAUGGAUCAUAGAGAUGGGACCAGAGGGCAGGGGGUUUUGAACAUUGCUGUUAGGUUGACGGGUGGAGGAUUAACGGCGCAGCGGCCGCCGCCGCCAGGGGAAUCGGUGGAAUCCGAUCAGAAAGUUGCGAGGAGUUGUCAAGGAACGGUGAUUGGGAUUCCGGUGGAAAUGUUUUCGAAUAUGAGAAUAUGUCAGUGA